UGAUGGCCGACGUGACUAGACUGCAAUGCGAGUGACACAGGCACAGAAUUUGGAAGACGGCCGAGACAUGAAUCAUUCUGUGAGAUAAGGAACAGGAAAUCUUUUUCCCUGUAGAAUAGAGCUCACCCUUGGGCUAAAACAUACAACAGUUUGGAGACCGGCAGAAAGUGUGAACACACCCGCGUCCACCAACAGUCGGAGAUUCAAGUCCUUCUUGCAUGGCAGAAGGUCACUCGGAACACUGUUCAGCUUCGAGCGAGGGUGGUAGACUGGAUGCGGCGGAUGGUGGUUGGAGGAACAUCCCUUGGCACCCCGGAAGGAGGAGCUCCUAUCCGCAAGUAGGAGGGCGCUCUUCAUCUAUGAUGACCAGUGACACCGAUUCGGCAAACUCUCGAGCCCAACCUGUCGAAGUUCGUUCAAACCGUGACGAUUCCCCAACACACUCGUGCCUCAAAUCGCCUUCGUCGUCCUCUUCCAAUGCCGCUCGGAUAAUGACAUCAACGACAUCGACGCCGCCGCAGACGACGAUCACCACCGCCACCGCCGCCCGCGCAGCUGCCCCGACUUCCUCGGCCGCAAACGAGGCACGGAGAGUCCCGCCUUCCGACGUCGCCUCAACGACCAUCACAAUUACAACCAUGAGCAACUGUACGAAUCCCAGGAAUCGACGAACUGCAUGUGAGCACGGUAUGGCAAGAAACCAUGUAGGAGCACUUGGUCAGUUCAAGCUAGCUGACCGAGUAACCUUGAUAGUAGAGAACACUAGAUUUGUAGUAGACCCAUCACUCUUCAUUGCUCAACCAAAUACCAUGCUAGGAAGAAUGUUUAGCAAUGGAGUAGACCAUACGAUGACCAGGCCUAACGAUAAAGGAGAAUAUGAAGUAGCGCAUGGCAUAUCGGCAGAGAUCUUCUCAUCCAUUCUAGACUUCUACAAAGUUGGCUGUAUUCGUUGUCCCCCAAGUGUGUCUAUUCAGGAUCUGAGAGAGGCGUGUGAUUAUCUCCUUAUACCUUUUACAGAGGAUACCAUUAAGUGCAAAAAUUUACGAUGCCUACUACAUGAGAUUUCAAAUGACGGUGCCAGACAAGAGUUUGAGAAGCACUUGGAAGCAGCAUUGCUACCAGAGAUGGUCAACUGCGCCCAGAAAGGAGAAAGGGAAUGCCACAUUGUGAUCUUACUGGAGGACGACGUGGUAGAGUGGGAUCCAGACUACCCUCCAGCGAUGGGCGAAGAGAACUGCCAGGUCAUCUACAGCACCUCCCUCUACAGGUUCUUCAAGUACAUUGAGAACCGGGACGUGGCCAAGUCGGUACUCAAGGAUAGGGGUCUGAAGAAGAUUAGACUAGGCAUAGAAGGUUAUCCAACCUACAAGGAGAAGAUCAAGCAGAGACCAGGAGGAAAACCAGAAGUGAUCUACAACUAUGUCCAGAGGCCUUUCCUGCGCAUGUCUUGGGAGAAGGAGGAACACAAGAGCAGACACGUCGACUUCCAGUGCGUCCGGAGCCGCUCCAUCCCCAAUCUUGCCUCCCUCGGCGGUGGCGUGGACGUCCCAGUCAACCCGGAACUUGCCGGGGGUCCGCCCGAGGGGGCCGCCAUGCUGCUCCAGCACCAUAUUCCCGAGCCAGACCAGGACCAAGACGGCUAACCGGUCCAGGUCCUGAUCAGAUCGAAAGGUAGACUGAAGACCGAGAAUUCUCAACCUUCCUCACUUGUCAACGCUGCAAGUGAAUGCUCUUGGUAUUGUUCUUAAUACUGGCAAAGCAACGUUGCUCGAGGAGAGAACUUGAUUUUGUUGAACUUACUAGUAACACGUGCUGCAUGCAUGGAUUUUCGAGCCAUCUUUAUCAUUGAAGUAUGUUGUAGGGAAAUGGUGAAGGGCUGAAUCAUAAGGACUAUGAGCAUAUCUACCGGUUCAAGCUCAACCUUCAUCACCCCACUCUGAAUCUGCAGUGAGAAGCUCUUUUUAAUGUCUUUCAGUGAUACUCAUCAUUGAUUGAGAAAACACUAACCCGCGAGAGCAACUCAAGUUGAAAUAUUACCAAGUGUUUUGCUACUUUAAAUUGGGUUGAGGUGACUGUUGUACAGAUUUGGUGAUGAUUAUUCAUAUAUUAAAAGUGCCAAGGGGAGUUCGACUCCACCAUUUAUUGUGUAUGUUGUAACUGUAACCAGAAAUGCACAAAGUAGCUAAUCUGUGAUAGCGUCACUAUAGAUGCAUAGUGUCAUUUUCGAGGGCAUAAUAUGGUUCUCCUCUUUCAUUCUAACAGGUACAUGGGGAAUCGUAUGAUAUUUAUUUCAAAAUUUGAAGGACAAAAAAAUGUUAUACAACCUGAAAUCCAGAUAGUUGGGGAUAGAAUGGAAAGUCUUUUGCCGUUUAACGAUUUACUUUUUCAUUUUUUAUAACCAAAUCCUCCCUACCCCCCCCCCCCCCCCCCCUCCCCCUUUCCACAAUAUUAAAAAACAUUAAAAAAAAUUAAGCCACAACAAAACAUAACAAAAUAAGACAAAACAAAUGCAAAACAAAAACACAACAAUUAAUAUUUUAUGGUGAAAUACUCACAGGGAGCUCAUUUGGUCUAAUUUUCCUUUUCAGAUAAAUCUUGGGAGGAACAUAAUCUUUUGUUGUUGAGUUUAAUUUAUUCGUAUUCCUGAGUUAAAGCUUUACCCGAGCCACACUAUGCUUUAAUAUUGAAAUGGUAUCUUCUUUAUGGCAUUCGAAUUUGUAGCGAAAAACAAUUAAGAUAUAUUUAUUUGGAAAAUGAUAAUAAUAAUAAUAGUGGGUUCUUGUAUAGCGCUCAUGUCUGUCAUACAUGACACUCCUGGCUUUAGCAUAGCUGCCAUACGGCGCUCUAGCAUUUCAAGGAAUGUACAUUAUGCUAGAGAAGUGAGAAUUUCAAGGAUUACUAGAGAUUGACUUUGGGAUAGUUUUUCCUUAGAUCCAUUUUUGCGUUUUUGUUUAAAUAUCGUUCAAGAUUAGCGCUUAUCAUCCGAGCAUAAACGCACAGUCCAGUGAUUUAAAAAAUGGAGAGUUUUUUAUAUGAAGAAGUCACAUGUACAUGUACUUUUUGAGAGCCAGAAGAGAAUACAUGUUAUAUAAAAGCAGACAUCAUGCAGUAAUGGUCCUUUCAGUAAUUGUUUUUGCUCUGAUUUUCGUGCUCGUUGAGGGAGCAACAAAAUCUAACAUAGUGUGCGAGUUGAAGGGAGAGUUAUAUAUAUUUAUUUACAAGUCCAUUUCUACACCAUAUUUGUUCAUCAACUCUAAUGUUCAAGAAGAAAGAGGAGGAUUGUUCAUGUUUAUGUUUAUCCAAUUGUAUUAAUCUUAACAUGUCAGGCUUUGUUUGUUGUUCAAUUCAUGUUUUAUGCCCUUAAUAGAAGAGAGAGAGAAAGAGUGAGCCAUUUAAUCCUGUUUAGACUUUCUCCUUUAUAACAACAAAAGAAUGGAAAAGGGCCGCUAUUUUGAAAGUGAUUUUGAAAGUACUCCCAUAUAAUAAU